AUGGCGGGCCUGCCCUGGGAGAACGUCUGCUCCCAAGCAACAGUGAAUGACGGGAAGCUGUCCUUUGAGGAGUUCCAGUCGUAUUUCACUGACGGUAUCCUGACUGACGAACAGAUGCGGGAGCUGUAUUUGUCCAUUGACAGGCAGCAGACGGACAACUUAGACACGGACAAGCUGUCAGAGUACUUCACUCCACACUUGGGAGAGUAUGUCAACGUCUUGGCUGCCCUGGAAAAGCUGAACGUCGCCAUCUUGAAGGCCAUGGACAAAACUAAAGAGGAGUACCAGGGUUCCUCAGUGCUGGGCCAGUUUGUGACGCGCUUCCUGCUGAGGGAGACCUCCACCCAGCUGCAGUCCCUUCAGUCAUCACUGGACUGCGCUAUGGAGGCUGUAGACGAUCAGAGCUGCACGGGAAGGAGGAUACUGAAGAAGCCCGAGGAUCUGCCCAUCCAAAGGGCGGCAAAGCGCCCUGGACGACGCAUACAGAAGAACAUGUGUCUUUCCCCUACGGACCCCUACUCUGGCAUGCUCACCACAGGGGUCAGUGUGGAGCCAGAUAAUCACUGGAGCUCCCAGAUCAACCGGCUGCAGCAGCUCAUAGACAAAUUGGAGUGUGAGAGUCCACAUCUUGAGCCUCUCAAAGAGGACACAUUAGCAGGCACAUAUAAGUCGAACAUUCUUCUGGUCCAGAGACAAAUGUCUGUGAAGGAGAGGGACGUGGAGGACUUCCAGCAAGCUCUGAAGAUCUACACAGAUGCCACCAGCAGCCAACCAAACAACUUACACGUGUCGGUCCAAAACCUGCCAGACAGAUCAUGCUUCAUCAUGUAUGAAUUCUGGCAGGAUCGUCUGUCCUGGAUGAGCUACCUGCAGUCCUCCAUCAAUAAGACCUUCCAGCGUUGCAUUAUCGACUCAUUGGAAGAGCCAGAGAUGGUCUCCACCAUGCUCCUCCCAGCUUCCUGGUGGAUUAUGAACAACAACUGACAAGGAUAAAGCUCCCGCACAAGCUUCUGCACAAUUAGGAUAGGAGGAAGAGGA